AUGGUUGCCCUUAAGCACUUUGGGGCAACUGCUGUCCUAUUUCUCGGCCUUGUCAAUAGCGGACUUGCCCAGUUGGAUACUACAUCCGACGACCUUGCUCCACGAGACAAUAAUUAUGAGCAGAUUCUUGCCCGAGGUGUCGAUGUUGGUGCUGAGAAAAGAGGAGAAGAUGAGGAGUUAGAUGCCCGUGACAUCGAGGAUGAGCUCUAUGUCCGCAAGGUUGACCCGAAUGCUCCUCCCCCACGAAAGAAGCCACCUCCUCGACCUCACACUCCUCCUCCUCCCCCUCCCCCUACUCGUCCACCUCCCCCUCCCCCCACAGGUCGUCGUCGUCGUGGGCUGGAUGACCUCCUGGAGCGUCGGGCCUUGUAUCUCCGCAAGGUUGACCCGAAUGCUCCUCCCCCACGAAAGAAGCCACCUCCUCGACCUCACACUCCUCCCCCUCCCCCUCCCCCUACUCGUCCACCACCUCCUCCUCCUACAGGUCGUCGUCGUCGUGAUCUGGAUGACUACCUGGAGCGUCGGGCCAUAUAUCUCCGCAAGGUUGACCCAAAUGCUCCCCCCCCGCGAAAGAAGCCACCUCCUCGACCUCACACUCCUCCUCCCCCACCUCCUCCCACUCGUCCACCUCCCCCUCCUCCCACAGGUCGUCGCCGUCGUUCACUGGACGACUAUUUGGACUAUCUUGAAGCACGCGACUACUACGAGUACGAUUUCUAG